AUGGAGAAUCUAAGAAAACGCAUCAUCACCUAUACUGGGAGCAAAGAGACGUACGACGAGGAGGAUGCUACUCCACUCAGUCAACAAGAACAAGAAGCUUUUAUUGAACACUUACGGCUAACAAAUACAAGAGAUAAUCGCAUGUUUUCUAUUUUAUUCUCCUUCUUGUUUCUCGUUCUAGCCGUACCCGUCCUUUUGUACCCAGAGAGCUUUUUCUACAAACUCGUUGAGGUCCUAGUCCUAGGCUCUAGUGCCUUCGUCAUGUAUUUCCUUCCUACAGACUAUAUUCUUGGUUCUCCUGCAAUUCCAUUUCAAUGGAAAGUUUUGCUAUCCUCAAAUAUCGCUCUCCCGGCAGCUGUAUUCCUCUUCACCAUUCACAAACAAUCAUCCAUUCUUGGGGCUUUGUUUUCUAUGCGAUUCCUUGCUUUGGCUGUUUCUGUUUUCACUGAACUUACUCGUUAUUCCAUGUAUUCUGCUGCUUUGGGCGUAGAAAAGCUCGAUAAUAUGCGAUUCGCAUAG